UCAUCGACUGCUUCAAUAAAAUGCCACAAAACACCACCCCUCAGCCUUGAGAAUCGUCUUGUCCCAGAGGAAUCCCCAAUACGGAAGCGCGACAACAUGGAGGAAACAAGCUGUUUGUGACUUUGUGGGGAUUUGUUGUUGUUACUGCCAUAUCAGAUCCACAGUCCCUAAAAUAGAGGUGGUGCUGCCAGAUUCACUCGUCAUGUCUUUGGAAUCAAACAUCAUCACUGGCACUCCAAGGAUGCAAACUGCGGAAAAACACAAGCAACCUUUUCACAUGGAUGGGAAGAAAAUUGUCUGCAAUGUUUGCGGAGAACACUUUACUAAUCUGGUUCUGUUUGGAAACCAUACUCAUGGAACAGACCAGAAAGCCAGCAUUGUGCCAUCAGAUAAAAGUUGUCCGAAAUCCGACCAUAAGACCUUCAACACAAUGAGUGAAGAUGAGAUGAUAGAGGCGUUUCAUAAGAUGCCAGAAUUGGAAGGAUGCUGGAUCAACAAUGGAAGGUACAUUUGCAAUAUGUGUGGGAAGAGUUGUCCAAACCCUUACGUCCUCUUCAGUCAUAAGAUCAUUCAUCCAGAAGACAUGACACCGAUGGUAAAAGGUAAGGAGACAGACUCUCAGCAAACUCUAGGGGUUGCAACCCAGACCAAAAUAGAAUUGGGGUAUGGAAACCGUAACAGAAAACUGGACAAGAACAUCAGAAUUGACAGUGAUGAUGAUGAUAGUGUGAGUGGUGAUGCUGAUGAUGACAAUGUUCAGAAGCCGAUGCACCUGAUGAGGAGGCCUUUGAAGAAACUUAAGGAGAUGAACACUGGGAACAGUAAUGCCAAGAGUCAGAAAACUCUUCUGUACAAAAAUCUAAUAUCUUAUGACAGGGGGUCAACGUUUCUGAAGUCCAAGUCCAUUGCCAAGGAACCAGGGAAGAAAAGUAAACCAGCUACUGGAGGUGACAGGAGGACAGGUCUCAGACUUUCAUCUGAUAGUGAGGAUGAAGUAUAUGACUCAACAACCAUUACCAGUGACGAUGAUGUCAAUGGAGACAAUUCUCUGAACCUGCAGGGUAGGCCGAAUCAGCACCUGGACACUACUAAGUACAAGAAAAAGGAAACCAAUUUGUACCAAUCUUUAAUAGCUGUUAAGGGAUGGCCAUUUGUCAAAGCCAAGAAGCCGCCUUUUGAAUACUGUGGCAACAUGUUUGGACAUAAUUUUUUGGACAAAUGUAAAAUAUUUAACGGAAGAUAUUACUGUGAUGAAUGCCCCAGACUCUAUUCCAGCCCUUACCUUCUGUUGAAUCACAAACUUUAUCAUGCGAAAUGCAAGUGUUUGACUCAGAGAUGUCAUGCACUAAACGGCACAACACACAAAAGGGAAGAGUCACAUGAAGACACAACAGACGAGGUAGAAGAGGCACAAGUAAGCACAACAGACGAGGAGGAAGAGGCACAAGUAAGCACAACGGACAAGAUGGAAGAGUCACACAAAGACACAACAGACGAGGAGGAAGAGUCACACGAAGACACAACAGACAAGGAGGAAGAGGCACAAGUAAGCACAACGGACAAGAUGGAAGAGACACAUGAAGGCACAACAGACGAGGAGGAAGAGGACAGCAUGUGCUUUGAAUGUAACUUGUGUCAGGUCAAGUUUGAUACCACAGAUGGACUUGCGGAUCACAUUGAAGCUCAUGCAGCUGAUACACAAGCUGGUGCAAGUUGCACCUUGUCUGGAAGUGCUCUUGCUGAUGUCAGCAAGGCUUCUACAUCUGCCUGCAGCACUGAACUGGUUGAUGAUACAAUAGCUGUGAAAGUCAAGAAGGAACCAGUCACAGACUAUGUGGGUGAUACCCUGGAACCACAACUUGAACCAUCGGGACUUGACCCAAGUGUUAGAAUCAAACAGGAACCAGAACCUUCCAAUCUUCCUCAGCAUUCCAUAGAAGACAGGAUGCGGACUAGUGAGGUGGAUGUGCCAUUUGAGGACAAGCUGUUUCUGAAGAGAUCCAUGCUUAGUCCAGUUGUUCGGCUUAAGAGAAUUAAGAUCAUUCAUCCAGAAGACAUGACACCGAUGGUAAAAGGUAAGGAGACAGACUCUCAGCAAACUCUAGGGGUUGCAACCCAGACCAAAAUAGAAUUGGGAUGUGGAAACAGUAACAGAAAACUGGACAAGAACAUCAGAAUUGACAGUGAUGAUGAUGAUAGUGAGAGUGGUGAUGCUGCUGCUGCUGCUGAUGAUAAUGAUAAUGAGAGUGGUGAUGCUGCUGCUGCUGCUGUUGAUAAUGAGAGUGGUGAUGCUGCUGCUGAUGAUGAUGAUAGUGAGAGUAGUGAUGCUGCUGCUGAUGAUGAUGAUGAUGAUGACAAUGUUCAGAAGCCAAUGCACCUGAUGAGGAGGCCUGUGAAGAAACUUAAGGAGAUGAACACUGGGAACAGUAAUGCCAAGAGUCAGAAAACCCUUCUGUACACAACGUUAAUAUCUGAUGACAGGGGGUCAACGUUUUUGAAGUCCAAGUCCAUUGCCAAGGAACCGGGGAAGAAAAGUAAACCAGCUACUGGAGGUGACAGGAGGACAGGUCUCAGACUUUCAUCUGACAGUGAGGAUGAAGUAUAUAACUCAACACCCAUUACCAGUGACGAUGAUGUCAAUGGAGACAAUUCUCUGAACCUGCAGGGAAGGCCGACUCAGAACCUGGACAUUACUAAGUACAAGAAAAAGGAAACCAAUGUGUAUAAAUCGUUAAUAGCUGUUGAGGGAGGGUCAUUUGUCAAAGCCAAGAAGUCGCCUCUUGAAUACUGUGGCAACAUGUUUGGACAUAAUUUUUUGGACAAAUGUAAAAUUUUGAAUGGAAGAUAUUACUGUGAUGAAUGCCCCAGACUCUAUUCCAGCCCUUACCUUCUGUGGAAUCACAAACUUUAUCAUGCGAAAUGCAAGUGUUUGACUCAGAGAUGUCAUGCACAAACCGGCACAACACACAAAAAGGAAGAGUCACACGAAGACACAACAGACAAGGAGGAAGAGGCACAAGUAAGCACAACGGACAAGAUGGAAGAGUCACACGAAGACACAACAGACGAGGAGGAAGAGUCACACGAAGACACAACAGGCGAGGAGAAAGAGGCCCAAGUAAGCACAACGGACAAGAUGGAAGAGACACAUGAAGGCACAGCAGACGAGGAGGAAGAGGACAGCAUGUGCUUUGAAUGUAACUUGUGUCAGGUCAAGUUUGACACCACAGAUGGACUUGCGGAUCACAUUGAAGCUCAUGCAGCUGAUACACAAGCUGGUGCAAGUUGCACCUUGUCUGAAAGUGCUCUUGCUGAUGUCAGCAAGGCUUCUACAUCUGCCUGCAGCACUGAAAUGGUUGAUGAUACAAUAGCUGUGAAAGUCAAGAUGGAACCAAUCACAGACUAUGCGGCUGACAGAAACACCCUGGAACCACAACUUGAACCAUCGGGACUUGACCCAAGUGUUAGAAUCAAACAGGAACCAGAACCUUCCAAUCUUCCUCAGCAUUCCAUAGAAGACAGGAUGCAGACUGGUGAGGUGGAUGUGCCAUUUGAGGACAAGCUGUUUCUGAAGAGAUCCAUGCUUAGUCCAGUUGUUCGGCUCAAGAGAAUUAAGAUUGAACCAAAUGACGUUUUCAUUAUGAAAUAAGAUGUUUCAAUGCUAUUCUUAUUGUAAAGUGUGUGAAGUGGAACAUACAAGCCUAAAAUCUAGCAUCAGCCAAAUUAUUUGAGCCCAAUCAAACUUUACACCAUCAUAAUAAUUAGGCCGUACUCAAUGAAAUAUUACAUUGUCAUCUCUGCCCAUCCUGUAGAACAAAAGUGUGUCUCUUUGGCAGGGUGUUUAAUUAAGGCACAAAAAUAUGGCCAACCAUCAUUGAUGAGAAAGGUUUACAUACUGGUCCAAGUUGUUUUACACACUUGCGUAUUUAGCAUAAGUGCCAAUCUCUAUAGUCUUAAACAAAUGUUAAUGAAGUUAUAAACAUGUGAAAGAGGACUGGUGGUGAAGAUUACAUCUGGCCUGAGACUGCUUUUGACAAGUGUAAGUUAGAAAUGUAUUGAGAUACUUUCGAGGGAUCGUUACAUGUUCGAAUUACAGUUUACUCACCAUCACACACGAAGUGACAUGACGUUUCAUGUUUUGUGUGUGCUGUAUGGACUGCUCUAAAAUGGCACUUUACAUUAGAGAAUGUCAGUGUCCCCUGCCAUGAUAAAGCCAGAAUAUUGCUAAAAGCAGCAUACAACUUUACACAUUCGAUACUGUGAUAAUGUGCUAUCUGGCUACUAUUCCAUUCUUUUUAUGCAUUAGGGGCACGGGUGGCCCAGUCGUCUAAGACGCUGCGAUUCGCUGUGCAGAGUUGCGACCAUUAGGCACGCCAAAAACCAAUGAUUGUGGGUUUAAAAUUGUGUGUUUCUAGGUUUGUCAGCACCA